UCCACUCCCAGAUCCUCUCUCUCGUCCUCUACGCCACACUUCCUCCUUCGACACCACCGUCGUCUCAUCUCGCAACACCCUCACUACCACCAUCGCAAUGGCAAACAUCAUUAACUUGGCCCUUCGUGGCUUCCAGUUCUUCUGCACGCUCAUCGUCAUGGCUCUCGUCGGUAACAUGAUCGCCAUGGGCGCCGACCCUGCCGUCGUCAACUACACCAUGUUCUGCGCCGUCAUCGCCAUGCUCGCGCUCAUUUUCCUGAUCCCUGCGACCAUCAAGGAGGAGUGGUCCAUCAUGCCCGCGAUCCCAUUCGCUCUUGACGCCAUCAUUGUCCUCUUCUGGUUCUGCGCGGCCGUCGCUCUCGCCGCUAGACUCGGUGCGCACAGCUGCAGCAACAAUGACUACCUCCGAAGCAACUCUGUCAUUCGCGGCGCUUCUCAGCGUGGAUCCGCCUGCCGCGAAGGCCAGGCCGCCACCGCAUUCCUCUGGUUCGGCUGGGCCGCGUUCGUUGGCUCCCUCGUCUUCACCGGACUCGGCCUCAAGGGCGGCUCCCCAGCUCGUGGUGGCAUCCGUCGCGGACCGGCUAUGAGCCAGGUUUAAGAAUGGACUCGAACAGCUCGAGAGUACCACUGUGUCAGGAUACCAUAAACAGCACGUCGCGAUGGGAGGCAUUGAAGGAUGAACUGUCGCGGUCGGAGAACCAAGAAAACACGAAAACAACGAAACCUAUACCAAAACAACAGCACCUCGACCGAUGUUGGACUUUCC